AGACGCACAUCCAUCGAAUUUGCAGCUGGGCUUCAAGGCAGAGGAGCCUGCGAGGCUGCUGCCUCCCAACCGCCCCCUCAUGACCCGCAUCCCGUGCACGUCUGCUUGCAAGCAAAGGCCCCCCCCCGCAACCCCAACGGGACUGCCCCCCAGGGGUUGUACUGGGCAGGUAACUUACUGCAUAAGCUGUACUUUGCCUGGGCCAUGUCGUCAAUCUUGCCGUUUACCCCACCUGUUGUGAAGAGACUGUUGGGGUGGAAGAAGUCUGCCACUGGUUCAGGAGGUGCUGGUGGUGGUGAGCAGAAUGGUCAGGAAGAAAAGUGGUGUGAGAAAGCAGUGAAAAGUUUGGUCAAAAAGCUGAAGAAGACUGGACAACUGGAUGAGCUUGAAAAAGCCAUCACCACUCAGAACUGCAAUACAAAAUGUGUUACAAUACCAAGCACUUGCUCUGAAAUUUGGGGACUGAGUACACCAAAUACGAUAGAUCAGUGGGAUACAACAGGCCUUUACAGCUUCUCUGAACAAACCAGGUCUCUCGAUGGCCGCCUGCAAGUCUCUCACCGUAAAGGAUUACCACAUGUUAUUUACUGCCGUUUGUGGCGCUGGCCUGAUCUUCACAGUCAUCAUGAACUUAAGGCAAUUGAAAACUGUGAAUAUGCUUUUAAUCUUAAAAAGGAUGAAGUAUGUGUAAACCCCUACCAUUACCAGAGAGUGGAGACUCCAGUUCUGCCUCCUGUUCUAGUUCCACGGCAUACUGAGAUUCUGACCGAACUUCCGCCACUCGAUGACUAUACUCAUUCCAUUCCCGAAAACACUAACUUUCCAGCAGGAAUUGAACCACAGAGCAAUUACAUACCAGAAACACCACCACCUGGCUAUAUCAGUGAAGAUGGAGAGACAAGUGACCAGCAGUUGAACCAAAGUAUGGAUACAGGAUCUCCAGCAGAGUUAUCUCCCAGUACUCUCUCUCCUGUCAAUCACAGCCUGGACUUGCAGCCAGUUACAUAUUCGGAGCCUGCAUUUUGGUGUUCAAUAGCAUAUUACGAAUUAAAUCAGAGAGUGGGAGAAACCUUCCAUGCAUCACAGCCAUCACUUACUGUAGAUGGCUUUACGGAUCCCUCAAACUCGGAAAGAUUUUGCCUAGGUUUGCUCUCCAAUGUUAAUAGAAAUGCUACAGUGGAAAUGACAAGACGGCACAUAGGGAGGGGAGUGCGUCUGUAUUACAUCGGUGGAGAAGUUUUUGCUGAGUGCCUAAGCGAUAGCGCAAUCUUUGUUCAGAGUCCCAAUUGUAAUCAGAGAUAUGGCUGGCAUCCUGCAACGGUGUGCAAAAUCCCACCAGGCUGCAACCUGAAGAUCUUUAAUAACCAGGAAUUUGCUGCUCUUCUGGCUCAGUCUGUGAAUCAGGGCUUUGAAGCAGUGUAUCAGCUAACUAGAAUGUGCACCAUAAGGAUGAGUUUUGUUAAAGGAUGGGGGGCUGAAUACAGGCGGCAAACGGUAACGAGCACUCCUUGUUGGAUUGAGCUGCACCUGAACGGGCCUCUACAAUGGCUGGAUAAAGUAUUGACUCAGAUGGGCUCCCCGUCAGUGCGUUGCUCCAGCAUGUCGUAAAGCUCCUUCUGAUUACUGGUGGGCUUAAAAGACAAAGUCCAGGCAGCAGACUUAAAUCUAACAGCUCGUCUGUCGUAGUAACUCGUGUGUGGUCUCCAUGAACUGUUUCCUAUCCAAAACGUUCUGAGAAAAAGCGAGAGCGAGAGUGGGGGGGAAAGCACUUGAGGGUCUCGUCAACUUUAAAGCACCUUGUGGAUUCUGCUUCCUAUACUCUGAUACUAGCUGAAACGUUAGUGUAUAGAAAUGCCUUCUUCUGAAGGAAGGAGGGACAUUUUAAAGACUUUAAUGGUGUUUUAUUGGGUAUCUAUAAAUUGAGUGUCCUAAAGGUUUGCCAAUAACAUGGACGGUUUGGCUGUUGCAUCAUGGCCCCCUACCAACUUUGGCAGCAUUCCGCUGGCCUGAGUGUUAAUUCCCAUUGGUAGAUGUGCAGAGCUCUGUGACUUAGGCAGCCAUCUCGUAAAAAGUCCAAGUUCUUGCUUCUCCAUACUUUUAAAAUAUUUUUAUAUAUAAAUAUAUAUAUGUGUGUGCGUGCGUGUGUGUGUGUGUGCAGGCUUUCAGCUGCCCCAUAACAGACUUAUUGCAGAAAAGCUUCCUCUUCCCCCCUCAGACUGUACUAGCUGCCGCCUUAAAACUCUCUUUGCAGAGGGAACAAUACUUGGGUUUUGUCUCUCUUGGGCAUUGAGUAUGCUUCAUAGGCCUAUAUGAUGUAAACUCUGAAUCCUCUCUUCUCCUUCCAUCAUGGUUUUCCUUUGCCCAUCCAGGGUGCUGCAUCUGUUGCUGGCGAUAGGUGCUGUGACACUGCUGACCCUGAGGACGGCUUUGCACCUUCAUGGUUGAAAACAUGGUGGUGGGGAGACACACACUUUUGGUCGAUGCACCUGUGGGCCGCUGCUCACAGACCGUUUCUCAAUCUCUUAAUCUUAGUUAAAAGAUUGGGAGCAGGCCAUGGAUCGUCCACUUACCCUUCCUCUUCCUUCACGGCCUGUGAAUCUUAACUAUGCAUUACCAAUGUAUUGCCAUUCAGCGGAGUUAAUGAUGCCUUCAUGUCUGAUUUUCACAUCUGGUGAAGAUGGACAUCAGUAUAGCCUUAACUAUGGAUAAUGGCAUCACCACAGUAAUGCUCAACUAUGCUUGUGAAGGGAGAGGAAAGAAUUCACACUUGGAAGAAGAAGUGCACACUCCUGUGUCCUACUUAAUCUCAACUAUCUGCAUCAGCCCUUUGUCUGAAGAUCCAUUAUAUGGUAAUAUGGGAUCUGCAGUGUGUGCACAUGUCCAUUGUAAAAAACCUUUUAGGUGAGGAACCCCACAGCAGUUUCCGAAUCUUGCAGCUCUUCGCAAGAAAUGCAUUGCAGAUCCAUCACUGUCUUUGCGCAGAUGAGUGCACAUUCAAAAAAUCAUCCUUGUAUCUUUCAGAAGUAACAGAUAAAGCAGCUGUAAGGUGUCAGUGAUUCUUUUUAUCUUGAUACCCUUCAGGAUAUGAACCAUCGGUUAUUGUAGCAAGGGAUGGUUAUAUGGAAUGCUGGAGAUCAAUUGGUCUCGACUUCCUCACACUCAGUAAGUUUAAGAUUGUUGAAUCAACAGCCGAAAGCUGUUGCAGCUUCUCCCAGUCAUUUCUUUCUCUGGUCCUUCGGUUGGCUGUCUCUUGCUGUUGCAGGUCUCCAAGUGUGCUGCACAGAGAAAGGAUCUGCUUUAAAAGAAGAAGAAGAAGAAGAAGAAGGGAUCUGCUUUUUUAAAAAGCAGCAACCUAGGCAAGGAAUGGGCAGGAGAAACUGCAUCAUCUGUUUCUCAUGUAAUUGGAUGCAGAAAUAAACUAUAGAUCUUUCCAAGCUGUAACCUGGCAACCCUGAAAGUGUUCACCUUCCUUAUAAAUGGUGAAAUGUGGUUUCCACAGGGUUUUAAACAUGCAGCUUGACUUAGCGAAGGGUCACAGAACUAAUUGGAUCAAAAGUAUAUGGCUUAGUAAUAUGAGCAUCCGUUAGGGGAAGGUAUGUAUAUAGCAGGUAUAAUUGUUCCUGCUAAUUCCCUAGGGUAUUGCUUGUUUGACCAGCAAAAGGAAGAGUCCAUAGUACAUGUUAUUGUGAACCCUUGGACACUACAUCUGAACCUUACUUUAAAAAACAAACAAACUAUUUUGAUUUAUAUUCUACAGAUAAGUCUGGGUUGGGUAAGGUUUGGGAAACUGUAUAGAAGGGUUAUUCUGACUUGAAAAGUAUACAUUUUACUAACAAUCUCUUGUGAUCUAGCUGUCUGUCAUUCUCUUGUUUGUUGUGGCAGUAGCAGGAUUGCCUCUUGUCUGUCUUUCCUUCUUUUUCCCCCUUGCCCCAAAUUAUUCACUUGCACUAGGACUGUACUUUGUAAGUACAUCCUAGUGACAAUUUCAGCUUCGAGAACAAACAUGGCCAGUGUUAAGCUUUGUAAUCAGCUGACUGAACUGAAGAUAGCGAUGGAUAUUUUUUAUGCCAUAAUUAGGGCAUAGGAGCAAUACCAAAAAUCAAGCCUGAGGGUGGGGUGGGGAUCAAAGUGGGUCAGGCAAUGAAAGGAAUUGGCAAAGCAGUUACCAAUUUGUGCUAGUUUUACCAGUAGCCUAAUGUAUUGGUAGAACUUGUGAACCUAAGACAAUAAGCUUUCAUGCGUGUUGCAUUUGCCUAAUAUGUGAAUACACUAAUAAAAGUUUUAAUUCUCA